AAAACCACGCCCCCCUAUCCAGAGCUAACCGAACGGAGAUUGUUUUCCUCUUUCGGGGAUAUUUUCACUUUGCAGCACAGCCGCUAGAAAUUGUUUAUUUUUAAUAAAACCGCGCGCCGCCGAUAAGUUGCUUUUUGGGCACACACGUCACUUUGGCGUCUCCCCCCCGAAUAUCGGAUUUUUCCAAUUUGGGAUCUUCAGCGUUGCUACUUGGGAGACGGGUCUCUCAGCUCUUACGAGAAUGAGUUCAUAAUGAAGCGGCGACUGGAGGAUCAGGAAACGAUUUUUGCGUCCCAGCAGCGGCGCCUCGCUGGCAACCCGGAGGCCUUCCAGCACCGCGUCCUGGCUCCGGCUCCGGCCCCGGCCCCGGCGGUGUAUGAGGCCUUGUCUGACAACAUGCAGCCCACAGCAGGUGUCCAGUACUCCGUCCCCCAGGGAUACCAGGUGUCUCUGCUUUCCCAGGUCGCCACUGUGGCCCAGAACACUGGCGGGCAUGGGCACACACCGAACCCGGCCGUCCACAGCGGGUCCCACCACCACAGCCCCGCAGUCCAGUCCCAUGGGCCCUCAGUGAUGUCAGGGCACAGCCAUACGGCUGCUCCCCAAGCCUCCGCCCAGGGCCAGCAGUUCCAGAGGCUCAAGGUAGAAGAUGCUCUGUCUUACUUGGAUCAAGUGAAACUGCAGUUCGGCAACCAGCCUCAGGUCUACAAUGACUUCCUGGACAUAAUGAAAGAGUUCAAGUCUCAAAGAAGCCGAUUUAUUUUAAACCAGAACGUUGUUGUAGAGAUACAACCAAGAGACAAUAUCGACACCCCCGGGGUCAUCAGCAGAGUGUCACAGCUCUUCAAAGGUCACCCCGACCUCAUCAUGGGCUUCAACACCUUCCUGCCGCCCGGCUACAAGAUCGAGGUCCAGCACGCUGACCUGGUCAACGUGACCACGCCCGGUCAGAUCCACCACAUCACCCCGCACGGUAUCUCAGUCCAGAACAUCCCCAUAAUAGGAGCAGCCACCCAACAUCCGCCCCAGCUCCCGUCUGCUGCGACCGCCGCCGCCGCCGCCCCGCCCCUUCUGAUGCAGCCCACCCCUGCCAAGAUGAGCAAGCCUCUUCAGCCCCCGGCGUCGACACCGAGCAGUCAGAGCAAUCCGUCCAUCCCCGCGUACACCUCUCCUCGCUCCCCGCCCAUGCAGCUCCACCUGCCUCUCAGCGGGACCCCCACCGGGCCGCCCAUGCAGAACAACCAGCCCGUGGAGUUCAACCACGCCAUCAACUACGUCAACAAGAUCAAGAACCGCUUCCAGGGCCAGCCCGACAUCUACAAAGCUUUCCUGGAGAUACUCCACACGUACCAGAAGGAGCAACGUAACGCUAAGGAGGCCGGCGGGAACUACACACCGGCUCUGACGGAGCAGGAGGUGUACGCUCAGGUGGCGAGACUCUUCAAGAACCAGGAGGACCUGCUCUCUGAGUUUGGGCAGUUUCUCCCCGAUGCCAACAGUUCGGUGCUGCUAAGUAAGACCACAGCUGAGAAGGCAGAGUCUGUACGGAACGACCACGGCGGCACUGCCAAGAAGCUGCAGCUCAACAACAAACAGAGGCCCAAUCAGAACGGCUUGCAGAUCCGCCGUCAUCCAACUCCGGGGACCACGCCCCCUGUCAAGAAGAAGCCCAAGUUGCUGAAUUUGAAAGAUCCCUCGGUGGCGGAGGCCAACAAGCAUGGAGUCGGAACCGAGUCUCUGUUCUUUGAGAAGGUGCGCAAAGCCUUGCGAAGUGCGGAGGCCUACGACAACUUCUUGCGGUGUCUGGUCAUCUUCAAUCAGGAGGUGAUCUCCAGGGCUGAACUAGUGCAGCUGGUGCUGCCCUUUUUAGGAAAAUUCCCAGAGCUGUUCAACUGGUUUAAAAACUUCCUGGGAUAUCGGGAGAUGUCCCACAUCGAAACGUACCCUAAGGAGCGGGCCACCGAGGGCAUCGCCAUGGAGAUUGAUUAUGCUUCCUGUAAGAGACUCGGUUCCAGUUACAGAGCGCUGCCCAAAAGCUACCAACAGCCCAAGUGCACCGGCAGAACUCCACUUUGUAAAGAGGUCUUAAAUGACACCUGGGUCUCCUUCCCCUCCUGGUCUGAGGACUCCACGUUUGUCAGCUCCAAGAAGACGCAGUACGAGGAGCAUAUCUACAGAUGUGAGGACGAGCGCUUUGAGUUGGACGUGGUACUGGAGACCAACCUGGCGACCAUCAGAGUCCUGGAGACGGUGCAGCGGAAGUUGUCCCGCAUGUCGGCGGAGGAGCAGGCCAAGUUCCGCCUGGACAGCACGCUGGGCGGCUCCUCGGAGGUCGUGCACCGCAAGGCCAUCCAGAGGAUAUACGGAGACAAGGCGCCCGACAUCAUCGACGGCCUCAAGAAGAACCCCGCUGUUUCUGUCCCCAUCGUGUUAAAGAGGUUAAAGACCAAGGAGGACGAGUGGCGGGAGGCCCAACGAGGCUUCAACAAGAUCUGGAGGGAGCAGAACGAGAAGUAUUACCUGAAGUCUCUGGACCAUCAAGGCAUCAACUUCAAACAGAAUGACACCAAAGUGCUUCGUUCCAAGUCCCUGCUGAAUGAAAUCGAAAGCAUUUACGACGAGCGCCAGGAGCAGGCGUCCGAGGAGAACGCCACCCCGCCCACGGGACCCCAGCUGACGCUGGCGUACGAGGACAGCCAGAUCCUGGAGGACGCGGCGGCGCUCAUCAUCCACCACGUCAAGCGGCAGACCGGCAUUCAGAAGGAGGACAAGUACAAGAUCAAGCAGAUCGUCUACCACUUCAUCCCCGACAUGCUGUUCUCCCAGCGCGGCGAGCUCUCCGACGUGGAGGAGGAGGAGGAAGAGGAGGAGGAGGAGGAGGAAGAGGAGGACGAGAUGGAUCUGGAGGAAGGCGCCUCCAAAAAGCACAACGGCGUCCCCGGCGGCGGGAGCCCCUCCAAGUCCAAGCUGCUGUUCGGCAGCACGGCGGCGCAGAAGCCGCGCGGCUCCGACGACGCCUACAACCUGUUCUACGUCAACAACAACUGGUACAUCUUCCUGCGGCUGCACCAGACGCUGUGCUCGCGCCUGCUGCGGCUCUACGGGCAGGCGGAGCGGCAGAUCGAGGAGGAGGUCAGGGAGCGCGACUGGGAGCGGGAGGUCCUGGGGCUGAAGAAGGAGAAGAACGACAAUCCGGCCGUCCAGCUGAGGCUGAAGGAGCCCAUGGACAUCGAGGUGGAGGAUUACUACUCGGCCUUCUUGGAGAUGGUUCGUAAUUUGCUGGAUGGGAACAUGGAGGCUUCUCAGUACGAAGACUCGCUGAGGGAAAUGUUCACCAUCCGCGCGUACAUCGCCUUCACCAUGGACAAGCUCAUCCAGAGCAUCGUGCGGCAGCUCCAGCACAUCGUGAGCGACGAGAUCUGCGUCCAGGUAACGGACCUCUACCUCGCGGAGAGCGCAAACGGCGCCAGCGGGGGAACCACCUCCACGCAGUCCUCGAGGAGCUCUGCGGAGGCCCAGUACCAGCGGAAGGGCGAGCAGCUCAUGUCUGACGAGAACUGCUUCAAGGUGAUGUUUUCGAGGAACCGGUCGCAGGUGCAGCUCUCGGUGGAGCUGCUCGACACGGAGGAGGAGAACUCUGACGAGCCGAUGGAGGCCGAGCGUUGGUCCGAUUACGUCGGCCGCUACUUAAACCCGGAUUCCACCACACCUGAGUUGAGGGAGCACCUCGCUCAGAAGCCCGUUUUUCUUCCCAGGAAUCUGAGACGGAUCAGGAAGUACCAGAAGGGCCGCGAGCAGCUGGACAAAGAGGCCUGCGAGGGAGGCAAGAAAUCCCUGGAGAAGGAGAAAAUGGAGUGCAUGUUCAAACUCAACUCCUACAAGAUGGUGUACGUCUUUAAGUCCGAGGAUUACAUGUACAGACGCACCGCCCUGCAGCGAGCCCACCAGUCACACGAGCGGGUGAGCACGCGGCUGCACAAGCGCUUCCAGGCCUGGGUGGACACGUGGGCCAAGGAGCACGUGACCCGCGACAUGAGCGGCGAGACCACCAAGUGGCUGAUGGGCAGCGCGCGCGAAGGCCUGCUGCCCUGCACCACCAGCCGGCAGCCGGAGAUCCUUCACUUCGUGAACAUCAACAAGUACCGCGUCAAGUACGGCCCGCCGCCCGGCAAGGCGCCGUAGCCAAGGGGGAAACCGGAGAGAGAGAGAGACUGAUUUCUUGGGGGGGCGUUGGGUCAAACAGGUCAGGAGCAGAGGUAUGGACGAGGGCUUAUUAAUGUGUGUGUUUUUUUAAGGUCGACAUGGGAGCACAACUAAGCUAGCUACCGUGUGUGUGUGUGUGUGUGUGUGUGUGUGUGUGUGUGUGUGUGUGUGUGUGUGUUGCACCCCGGGGCGGCAGGAUUACAGAUUUUUUUUUUUACCAGCGUUUUUAGCUGGGCCCAGUUUUUUUUCUUCUGCAGGGCCUUCGGUGCCAAAACAUAGGAAUCGUCACGACCCGGUCGCAAACCUGAGCUCUUACCGGCACUCGGAGCCACUUCUCACGUCACUGAGCCCCCCCCACCCCCCCUUUUUUUUUUUGAGAGAGAGAGAUAGAGUGGUGCUUUUUUUUUUUUUCUCACAACUGAGCUUCGGUUUUCGAUUUAUUUUUUAUUUUCCUCAAACGAACCAAGAGUGAGAGAGCUCCAUCGAGGUGAAUCAAUCACACAGGGAUUUCUUUUUUUUUUCUUUAAUGAUCGUUGUUAUUCUACAGUAUCCGUGGGGAGAAAAAACAAAAAAAACAAUGUGGUGGACAAGUGCACUUAUUUAGAAAAGAGUAAAAACAAACUUUUCACAAAAUAUAUAUAUUUUUUGUUUCCCAGUUUUGAAGGUUUGGACGUGAGCACAACACAAAAGUCUGAGAGAUCUUGUUCUGACAUUCCUGCGUUUACGGUCAAAUCACAAUUAUGUACCUAUCACAAGACGGAGCGGGGGGGUGGGGUGGGGGGGGGGUCACACACUUCCUCUUCAGAGACACACGGCAGCAUUAUUAGAAACUGUGCCUGAGCCCCCAAACAGUGCUGUUGAAUUCAUGUAAAACGACAACUGAAAAAAUGAUUGCCACACAACACUGAAUUGGUCUCAGACUGUAAAAUUGUAUAGCUUGUGAAUGUCAGAUACUGACAUGUAUUCCAGUGUAUGUGUUGUGUGUGUGUGUGUGUGUGUGUAUAUAUAUAUAUAUAUAUAUAUAUAUAUAUAUAUAUAGUUCUAUUAACACAAAUGAUCCUCGCCGCCCUGGAAGUCAACCUUUUUUUUUUUUAAGUAUCCUCUGCCAAUACACCAGCUUGUACACACACACACACACACACACACACGUCCACAUGCCGUUCACGUUGUAAAUACACUGUACAUAGUCUCAGACUUUUUAUGACAGAUCCGUGUUGUCGUGCUAGUAAUACUUUCCAAGCUUACUGUGGACUUUAGUGAUAAAUGGCUAAAGUUAGUAUGUAUAUGAAAAAGACAAAUGCAAGACCAUUUAUUACAGUUUUUACCAAAGGGAGUUGAUUCUAAUAAUAACAAAAAAAAUAGCAGUUUUUAUUUAUUUUUUUCUUCCCCUGCCCUUGUGUCUUCCUUUUUUUUAUGUCUUUACUUUUUUAAUUUCUGUAGUAA